CCCAAUGAAUUCCAAGGUAACCCUAGUUCCACUCCACUCCUCGACUGUAUAUGUAUUCUCUCAAAACCCUAUUUCGUGACUUUAUCCCUUGGCCGUCGUCGAGUCGAACAGGAACCAAACCCUACACCUUCCCCCGCAGCUAAAAUGAAGUACAACCCACGCGUCUCCUCUUCUCGCCGCAAGAACCGUAAGGCCCAUUUCUCGGCGCCGUCGUCCGUCCGCCGCGUUUUGAUGAGCGCACCACUGUCAUCCGAUCUGAGGUCCAAGUACAACGUCCGGUCCAUGCCGGUACGCAAGGACGACGAGGUCCAAGUCGUUCGUGGUACCUACAAGGGCCGCGAAGGGAAAGUAGUUCAAGUUUACCGCCGCAAAUGGGUGAUCCACAUCGAGCGCAUCACUCGCGAGAAAGUGAACGGUUCGACCGUGAACGUUGGAAUCAACCCAUCCAAGGUCGUCAUUACCAAGCUGAGGCUGGACAAGGAUCGGAAGUCGUUGCUGGAUUGUAAGGCCAAGGGACGUGCUGCUGCUGAUAAGGACAAGGGUACCAAGUUUUCUGCCGAGGAUAUCAUGCAGAGUGUCGAUUAAGGUUGUCUUUUUCCUUUUAAUGCUAUGAUAUGUUUUGUUAUGUUAUCUCUAGGGGCUUUGCAACUGUUGGAUUUUAGUUUUGUGCUAUCAAUCGGUAAUACAACGAGGAAUCUGGGAUU